AGGGAUACUUGACUCGAGUAAUUGGUCGCGAAUCACGCGAUUUGAUGUAGUGAGAAGGGCCUCGCGAGGCUUUCUGACUGUUUCACGAGGUGCGUGCCUUAUGGGUGCCACUGAGUUGCCGGCCGGCUUCGUUGUGCGAGGAGCGUCUCGGUGUUAUUUUUGAGAGAUCCACGAUUUAUUCUGGCUGUCUCGGCGAGGAUGGAAAAAGAAGAGGAGGAUGAAGAGGUCAGCUGGAGCUGCUGGCUCAAAACGGUAUGAUGUUGUGCGGUUACGGAGCAAUGAUGGUGUUCAUCUUCAACGGAACGACUGAGGGACAAUCAGCUGUGCUCCUGCCCCAACUCAAGCAAAAAGACAGUUUGAUUCCCGUAACGGCCGAGGAGGAAACGUGGAUUGCAAGUCUGGGCAUUCUGUUAUCUCCAGUGUCAUCUUUACUCAUCGGAACAAUCGUUGAUGUGUUCGGACGAAAAUUAGGACUGUUGAGUUUCCACAUCUGCAUGGGUCUGGGUUUUGGCAUCAUCGCUUUUGCCACCGAAGUCUGGCACAUUUAUGCGGGACGUUGCAUAUGCGGAUUUGCUCUGGGUUUGGAGGUGGUAGCGGUGGUCUACCUAGCGGAGACCUGCACGAAGAAGCAACGGAGCGUUCUCCUCGCCUUCAUUUCAGCUGCCUUCGUCAUCGGCGUCCUCCUGGCCUACGUCGUCGGCGGCUACCUCCCGUGGAACAUCGCCUCGGCCAUCCUCUCCCUCAUGUGCUUCCUCAACUUCCUCAUCCAGCUCCUGGCGCCCGAGUCCCCCGCCUGGCUCUACAAACGCGGCCGCCCCGACGCCUCCACCCGGAGCCUCCAGAAACUCGGCCGGAGUCCCGAGGGAAUCGCCCGCGAGCUGGAGAUGCUCCGCCUCUCCUCCAAGGAACAGUCCGAGAAGUUCCAGCUCAGGGUCUUCCUCGAGCCCACCGUCUGGAAGCCCUUCCUCAUCCUGUCCUUCUACCACUUCCUCCAGGCGGCCACCGGCGUCUACCACUUCAUGUACUACACUCUCGACUUCAUCGAGCGGCUGGGCACGACCUACGAUCCCUUGACCGUCUCGCUCAUCUUGUCCGUCAUCCGGGUCGUCAUCAACGCUACCCUGGGGAUGUGGAUCACGGCGCGGAUGAGCCGGCGCUUGGCGACGGUGAUCUCGUCCGUGGGGAUGUGCGCGUCCCUGAUAGGGAUGGGCGUGUGGGAGCACGUCUACCGCGACACGCCGGUCGGCGCCCGCAACUACGACUGGCUCCCGAUCGUCCUACUCAACUUGUACAUCAUCUUCGGGAUCAUCGGCGUCACGACGCUGCCCUGGUUGAUGUCGGGCGAGGUGUUCCCACUCCGGGUCCGCGGGUCGAUGUCCGGCGCCGUCUUCGUCGUCGCCACCGGGAGUAUGUUCGUCUUCAUCAAGAGCUACGAUUGGUCCAUCGAGACCCUCGGGAUGUCCGGCUUGCUCUUCACCUUCGCCGCCAUGUCCUUCCUCGGCAUCUUCCUCGGGGCGUUCUUCUUGCCCGAGACGCAGAACAAGACUUUGUACGAGAUCGAGCGAGGUUUUAUGUCUAAGAGCAAGAGGGUCGCCACUGAGUGGACGGUCCAGAAACCGGACAUCAAUGAAGAGGCUCAGAGGGAGAUGGCGUCUGGUCAGGGUUGAAAUUUCGGCCUGGCGCAUGGUGGAUCGAGUCAAUUAGAGAGGUUGGAUAUAGAAUUUGCGACAAGAACUGUGGAUUUUUAUGUUUAUUUCGUCACAUUUUAAAGUUCAAGGGGUGCUACUAUAAGAAAAUUUCACGAUGAAACCAACGAAACCACUUUUUGAACCUUAAAGUUGUGUAUAAACGGAGUUAUAAGCGUUUAAAGGUUCCAAACUUUGUCCGACCUCUCCGAUUGACUCGAUCCACUGUAUGGCGCACUGUCAUGAUAAGGAAGACCGCCGUAUAAACCUCCAGAUGCUAUCAAGUUUCCUUUCAUUGAAUGUAAAUUUUUGGGGUAACGUGUGAACAUCUGUUUUGAAAUUCCUCCAAGAAUGUUAUUGGUACUUUACUUAAGAGUGUCUGAAAAUUUUGAGGAAAAUUGUUCAUCAUUUUUCUGUAGAGUGAAUGUUUUAUUUGGGUGAAUUUGGCAGCGUGAGACUUCUCAUACGGCGCUAUUCCUUGGCACAGCAAUGUAAGCACGGGUUCUUCUUUGUCCUUUAGUGCGUAUAAUUAUAGACUGAUUAUUUUAUUAGUUACAUCGACAUUAAGCAUAGCGCUGCUUAUGGAAAUUGAGAGACAAUAACUGACGUCCAAACACCAACAUUCAUUCUUUAUGUCGAGUAUGUCAAAGGGAGGAAUCUAAACAGAAUCAGCCGAAAUGCAUUUGAAAUUGCCUCUCUCUCUCCCCUUUCUUAUUUUUUUUUUCAGAGAAAUUCACCCACUUAACUCCAUUGAGCUCCCCCUGAAUUUCUCCCUGUGUGUGAAGCAUAUGAUCAUAAAAUGCUCAGGCAGAAUAUUCGCUUCGUUUCCUUGUAGAAAAAUUAAAUAUUAGUAGAAAUUAAGCAACGUCUAAUGUAAUUGAGCGAAUUCUAACUAUUCCUGCACUGAAACAAACGGACGAGAGUCUGAACUGAUGCUUUUACAUUAGAAAGACACGUUUCUCGAUCGAUAUUGGGUAUUUAUUUGUUGGAUAAUAUUUAAGAAACUACUUAAUGAGUGUCACUUCUCAAAUACUUUGGUGAUUUUUGCUGUCUUCAUCAAGAUUACUGUUCGUAAGAUCUGUCAAUAGUUUAUAAGUCCGCAAACUUUUCAAAGUUGAUUUAAUGAAUUUCGUGAAAUUUUAGGCAUUAUGUGAAAAAAAAUGUUAAAUAUUUAUUUAUCAUAACUGUGAGCGGGUAGACGCCAUUUGAUGUAACAUUCCCCUUGCAUUCUGACGUUUUAGAUUGCUUGAAGUCGAUUUGAAUUGAUUAAUUUACCUUAAAAUACGAACAUACAUUUUUAAAUCCAGAUUAUUAUAGUUUCCAAUGUACUCACCAUAAUUUGCAUGAAAUUUUUAUGAAAAAUUCUGCACUAAAGUUCUUCAAUUCUUAUUAACAAUAAGAUCCAUGUCUUAGUUUGUAAUCCUUUGUUGAAAUGCUCUCCUAGCGAGAAAUGCAUACCGUCUACUAUUCCAGACCGGAGGUGUAAUGUAAUUAAUCUCGCAAUGUUUCUGUAUGCAUGUUUGUUAUUCUAGUCAAACUCCGAUGUAAAAACUGCGGCGAUGCACAAUCCCGAGAAGAGAAGAAAUAUUUUUUUCGCAAUUUUUUUCGUAAUCUCGCUCCAUUUUUUCACCUCUCACCUACUCACAUACUUAGAACAAAUAUUUUAAAAGUCCCUUGAGGCUGUAAAACAAAUUAUUCGCACAUACUUGUUUUUUUUACAAUCUCAGUUCCGUAUCCAUGUACUCUGAGGUUUUGCAUUCGAUUAUCGCAACUACAAUUUGCAAAACUUACCAAUAUACACAACUACUUACAUACGAGGGGCUUAGAGGCUAAGGCGCAAAAGUGCAGUUUCUGAGAAAAUUGAGAUACAAUAAUUGAGAUAAAUUUAAAAGAAAGUAGUCAUAAUGAUAAGAGAGAUAUGAGACAUAAUAGCCCGAAUGCAGACAACAAUAGAAACACAUCAAAAUACAAAAAACAAAUGUGUAUAUAGGCUAAGGAGAAAUCAAACAAACCAGAACGCUCCGGACCAAUUACAUGCCCAUUCUCAACUGGAACAGAGGCUAAAAAAUGUAAAAAUUAAAACGAGGAAACAGAAAAACAGGUGAUGUGAUGAGCUCAAUCCAUCUAUGUCAGCUCUGAAGUUGCAUAAUUCACCUCUAUUCUUGACGAUGUUUAUCAUCUCCAACACACCUCUGGCAAAGUCCCGGGACUCAACAGCUAAAAUUUUGGGCGAAUAAAAAUCAAAAUGGUGCCCCAAUUCAUCUUCAUGUUGGGGUAGAGCUGCCUUUUCUUGCCGGUUGUACAUAUGACCGUGCAGCCGUUUCCUCAAGAGUUGGGAAGUCAUGAUGCAUAUUCUGUGAAAAAUUCGCUCCCAAAUUCCAAUUUUUAAGCAUCAGAAAGUCAGUUUGAAAUUUCUCACUGCGUAAAGAUCCAUAGAAUUUCGAAACUUCAAACACGUAUUUUUCGGAAUAGCAAAAACUGCACUCAUGAGCCUUGUCCUCCAAGCCCCUAAAAUGUAUCUCUAUCAGUCAUAAUUCUCUACCGCCGAUUUUUGGCUCUCUUUCCCCGUUAGUUAUGAUGUAUAAACACAACAAAAGGAGCGCAAAUAUUCUUAAUCUGUUAGGAUGCCUCUCAAGGAUCUGAGAGUUGCCAAUUGUAGCGAUAAUUUACCUGUUUAUCCAACAAUUAAUGAAGAGUGAAAACUUAACCCUAAAAGUAAGAAGAAUUUUGCAACAUUGUGUGAUAGAGGAGUAUAGGAGAUUAAACCGAAGAGCGUGACUGUUUUCACGGUUUUUCUCAGGUGUUUUUCUAUUUACAGUCUUUCAGAUAAUUUAAUAUUUAUUUAGAGGAUAUUUUGCUGGUGGAAAAUAUUUAUCUAGAUAUGAAACUCAACCGCACAGCCAGUGAGCGGACAAUGAGAAAGAAUAUUGUAUUGGCAGAGAGAGGAAGCUGAUGAAAUUCAUACUUAUACUAUACCUCUCUCUUAAUGGCACAUUAAAAAGAGCAUUAAUUCGCACUACGAUAUUUAGAUUUUUUUCGUCACUGUAUUGAAUUUUAUGUAUUCUUACCUCGAGUGAGCGCUUAAUAUGAGAUUUGCAGUCUAAUCUGAUCUCCAUAUCGAAUCAUCUCAAACAACUCUAUGAAUAUUCUGCGAAUAAACUCAUCUUUGUUUAC